ACAGGACUCUGGCGCACUACAGUACUGCGAGGAAGUUUUGAGUGCAGUAAUUAAUGUACAUCGUCUCACGUGUUUGACUUCUGAGUAUAAUUAUGAUUUCUGUUAGCUUUAAAUCAGUACAUGUGCGACAUUGAUAAAGUGCAGCGUCUUCGUUCUCGAGGCAUCAAGAAAAUAUAAACAAGGCUGUCACGGAGCUCGCCAUGGACAUGGGUCAGCUUUGCGCUGCAACACUCUUACCAUUUGGUGCCAUCUGCGUUGUUUUUAUUUGGGAUUGUGGUGCCAGUUCUUUAAUAAAAACAAGAUUUGCAGUGCUCACUUCAGGGGAGGAGUGUCCGGAAAACAAGGUAGUGACAGUGGAGUACCCCUGUAUUACAGCAAGGGGCACGGAUGGCACCUGUCUCAGGAGGAAAUGCUGUGAGGGCUUCAGGUUGGUGAUGGGCCAGUGCAUACCUGAAAAUGUGGAUGUGUGUUCUGGCUCCCCCUGUGAACAGCAGUGCACCGACAACUUUGGACGGGUUGUCUGCACCUGUUACCCCGGAUACCGCUUUGAUCGAGAGAGGCAUCGCAACCACCAGACCUACUGUUUAGACAUCGAUGAGUGUGUGGAGUCCGACGGCAGUGUCUGUGAUCACGACUGCGAGAACACCGUGGGCAGCUUCCUGUGUCGCUGUCGCAGGGGUUACAUCCUGGCACCGGACAAGCACUCCUGUAUACCCAGUCACAACCUGAGCUCGUCAGGGAAGUCUGACACCCUGAUGAGUGCUGGCUCCUGCUCCCUCACCUGUCAGGACUUUGUAAACAUGAGGAACAGCCUGCUGCAGCUCAAACUGAGGCUGGGCAGCACUCAGUCACCUAACCAGGUGUUGUCUCCUGGCCUGGCUAACGGCAGUGAUAAGCCGUCUGCUGGGAGGUUGGGGAAAGGUCCUGACACCACCGCCCUCCCUAGUCCUCCUGGCUCUCCAGGAUCCCGUGGGGUCCCAGGCCACUCAGGAGUGCCGGGGGAGAAGGGAAAGCCUGGAGAGAGAGGCCUGACCGGCCCCCAGGGGCCACGGGGAGACAUCGGCCCUAUGGGCCCCGAGCCUGACCUGGAGCACAUCAAGAGGGGUCGCAGAGGAGCUGUGGGACCUCCUGGUGCACCAGGCAGAGAUGGACUGAAGGGUGACAGGGGAACUCCUGGUCCCAGAGGUCUACCAGGACCUCCCGGCUCCUUUGACUUCCUCCUGGUCAUGAUGGCCGACAUUCGCAUUGACAUCAUCGAGCUGCAGGAGCAAGUGUUUGGGAAGAGGCGGGGCCUCUCCUUAGACAACCCGCCCCACUCCAGCGGAGAGACAGGGUUCGGAGAGUGGGGCUCCGGACAAGGAGAGCUCAUGCUCAAUACCUGAACUCCAUAACCCUGCCCACGGCAACUGUCACUCAAAACGAUAAGCCAAAAGGAACUAAUUAAUCAACUGGCUCUUGUAAAGCAGAGACAUUGAACUGACUGAACUGACUCCUUUCCUCCAGUAAAACCUUGUCUCUAAAACCCAAAUAGGACUGUAUGAGGUGAGGAGAUCAGCUCUCUCUCCUGUCAGAGACAUAGACUAUAAACAAAUGGAGAGAGAGAGAGAGAAUGGCAAAGAUGGAACCACUGACCCUCCAAACCAAACUACUGCAAGCUUUGCCUUGCCGCCUUGAUGUUUCCUUCUAGCCUGGCCUGGUCUGGUCUGACUGAGGAGAGGGGGUAUGCCUUUGCGUGCGAGGCACAGGGGGGUGAUGGUUGUAGCCCUGUGUGACUGUGUCUUUGUGUGCUCUGAGCUGAACAGCUUCAAACACAGCAGGGGCUUUAUCGUCUGCAUCUCUUCCUGUUCCUGUCAAAUCUGUACAGUCCGAGGAGAGGAGACUCCGGUCAGUCGCUGCCUGACACUGCUUACCUGCCCUGCAGGGCCUAGAACCAGACUCAGGCCCCAGACUGCACCUGUCCAUGCAACAACCCAAAUCAACAGCUUUUAUACUGCUGCCGCUACACUACAGAAUAUCUGAAGCAUCUUUAGAGAUUCAGUACAUAUACUACAUUAGCAAAACUAUGUGGAUACCUGCUCAUCCAACAUCUCAUUCCAAAAUCAUGGGCAUUAAUAUGGGGUUAGUCCCCCCUUUGCUGCUAUAACAGCCUCCAUUCUUCUGGGCUUCAAGGCUUUCCACUACAUGGUGGAACAUUUCUGCGGGAACUUGCUUCCAUUCAGCCACAAGAGCCUUAGUGAUGUCGGGCGAUUAGGCCUGGCUCGCAGUCGGCGUUCCAAUUCAUCCCAAAUAUGUUCAAUGGGGUUGAGGUCAGGGCUCUGUGCAGGCCAGUCAAGUUCUACCACACCGAUCUCGACAAACCAUUUCUGUAUGGACCUCACUUUGUGCACAUGGGCAUUGUCAUGCUAAAACUGGAAAGGGCAUUUCCUAAACUGUUGCCAUAAAGUUGCAAGCACAGAAUCAUCUAGAAUGUCAUCGUAUGCUCCAGAGAUUUCCCUUCACUGGAACUAAGGGGCAUAGCCCAAACCAUGAAAAACAGCCCCAGACCAUUAUUCCUCCUGCACCAAACUUUACAGUUGGCACUAUGCAUUUUGGCAGGUGGCGUUCUCCUGGGAUCCGCCAAACCCAGAUUCGUCCAGAAUCGUUCCUGAUGGUGAAGUGUGAUUCAUCACUCCAGAGAACUUGUUUCCACUGGAAGUUUGGAACUUUUUAGUGAGUGUUACAACCGAAGACAGAUGAUUUUUACGCGCUAGGUGCUUCAGCACUCUGCAGUCUCAUUCUGUGAGCUUGUGUGGCCUACCACUUCGCGGCUGAGCCGUUGUUGCUCCUAGACGUUUCCACUUCACAAUAACAGCACUUACAGUUGACCGGGGCAGCACUAGCAAGGCAGAAAUUUGACAAACUGACUUGUUUGGAAAGGUGGCAUCCUAUGACGGUGCCACGUUGAAAGUCACUGAGCUCUUCAGUAAGGCCAUUCUACUGCCAAUGUUUGUCGAUGGCGAUUGCACCUGUCAGCAACGGGUAUGGCUGAAAUAGCAGAAUCCACUAAUUUGAAGGGAUGUCUACAUAUGUUUGUAUAUUUAGUGUAAAUAAAAAAGGAACCAUUUGAAA